AGUCGAGGGAUAUUCAUCUAAUGUUUAUUCGUUUUCACUCUACUAUAUCGAUUGCGAUCUCUGGGAGCCGAUCAAAGUCAGUUGUUAGGCAUAGUUCUGCCCAUUCGGUUCGGGAAUUUAUUUUGAAUUAAAAAAUACAAUUAUUAGUCAAGUCAUUACCUUUCUGUCCUAAUAGUCCUAAUUACGAUGAUGAUGAAAAUUAAGACCUUUACUUCGGUGUCAUAUAAAAAAUGUAUUUUGUGCACAUUUAUUUUAUUCCUCUCAAUUGUGUGGUACAUAACGUCUUUCGUGGUGAACGAUGAGCUGACAAUAAAAUUCAAUGAAAGCGAAAAACGUUUCUAUGUAAAUAGCUCAAAGUGUCAAAUGGUGUAUGUGGAGCCCUUUAAUGCCGAGUUCACAAAAGUGUACACGCCAAAAAACUUUACACGUUGCUCCAAUCAAAAUGAUCUGGUUACAGGGCACUUUGAUUCCAUUUUAAAACAGUAUGUCCUGCAUGUGGAUGAGCAAGUGCUUCACAAGCUGUCGCAGUCAGAGAGCAAUGACUUUAUCUACAAAGUUAGUUUGAGUUUUUACACGGCUUUUAUGCUGAGUAGGUUGGGGAACAAAACUAAAUUCACUCACGGCUACGUAGUACCCUUGAAUGUCGAAGGAAUGCUGGUGGAGUGUAGGUCAGCGGACGAGAAGCGCAUCCUGCAAGAGGACGCUUUUUCGUUUGUACAAUACCAGAAGCCUCCUCCGAACUCGGAGAUAGAUCGUAAGGCUAGUGUAAUUAUGUACGGCAUAGAUACAGUAUCUCGCACCAAUCUUCGACGGCUGAUGCCCAUGGUGUUCGAGUUCCUAAAGUCUCCAGGAUGGUACGAAAUGAUGGGCUAUAAUAAGGUAGCUGAUAAUUCGUAUCCCAACAUAUUUCCCAUCCUAACAGGAUACUCUCCUAGUUCGGCGGAAAAUCAAAUAUGCGAUACAAGUCAACCAGGAUGUUUAGAUGAAAUACCCUUCAUAUGGAAGGAAAUGAAAAAGAACGGCUAUUUAACAGCCUACGCGGAGGAUACAUUGAUCAUCAAUACUUUUAAUUAUGUGAAACCAGGGUUUUUGAGUAGGCCCACAGACUACUACUUUCGACCCGUCUUGGAUGCCUUGGAAAAAAAAACUAAUAAACAUUAUUACCCGGGUUGUAAAAUGGCAUAUUGCCUGGGUCGUCGACUUGCCAAUAGCUAUAUCUUCGAUUACUGCCGCCAGUUUAUGCAACGAUUCGUGGCCGACCGUCCCAUUUGGGGCAUGUUUUGGUCAAAUCACAUCAGUCACGAUGACUUUUCUAUGCUCUCGGCCAUGCAACACAAGAUCGUUGGUGACCUGCUUAAUUUCGAAAAGGAUGGAUCUUUCGAGCAUACGAUUAUGAUAUUCUUCUCCGAUCACGGAUCUCGCUUUGGUCCCCUAAUGAGGACGAAGGAAUCGUUUCUGGAAGCAAGGCAACCCAUAAUGUUUAUUUACUCACCACCUUGGUUUCGUGAGAAAUAUCCCCAAUAUGUGGAGGCUCUCGCCCAGAAUCAGAAUCGGUUGAGUUCCAAUUUCGACGUGUACAAUACCUUGAAACACAUUAUAAACAUUGAAGGAUUGGUGGAGGAUACCAAGUGGGCCUACGACUGCCCCCAGUGUCAGUCGCUAUUCUACCCGUUGCCAGAAAGUCGAAGCUGCUCGGAGGCUGCCAUACCGGAGGCUUACUGUACCUGCCACAACUACGAGGAAGUCCAGGAGGAUCACGGGACUUGGCGCAUGGCCGAACUGGUGGUCGAUCGCAUUAACCAAUACCUCCAAUAUAAUAACCUACAGAAUCUGUGUAGCAGUCUCACCCUGAGGGUAAUCAACAUCACCGAAGUAAGAAUGCUAGAGAGCGAUGAAUACGUAGGUCUGGGAAAGGGAUUGCGACAUUAUCAUACCAAAUUCCAGGUUCAUCAGAAUUUGGCUGAGUUCUUUGCCACCGUUCUCUACGAUAGAAGAACCGAAGAGCUUCACAUCAAUGUGGAACUAAUCAACAGAAUUAAUAUCUAUAGAGCGGAUGCUGAGUGUGUAGACGAUGGUACUCAAAAGUUAUUCUGCAUAUGCCUAUCAAAGUUAAGAAACAAUGAAAGCACACCAACUAUCCAGUAAUAUUUGUAUGUAAUAUAUAUAUGUAUUUCCUUUCAACUUGCAGUCUUUUUUU